AUGUUACUUUGUGGAAAAGCUUCACUAAACGGCACCGCUCCGGGAUCGGUGCCGGUGUAUCUUAACGUGUACGAUCUGACAACGUUCAACGGUUACGCUUACUGGCUUGGUCUCGGAGUUUACCAUUCCGGCGUUCAAGUUCAUGGUGUGGAGUAUGCAUUUGGGGCACAUGAGCAUGAAUCAACCGGGAUAUUUGAAGGAGAUCCAAAAAAGUGUGAAGGUUUUAGAUUUAGAAAAACAAUAUUGAUUGGGAAAACGGACAAAGAAUUUGAUCAAGUGAGGGAAGUGAUGGAAAAACUUGGUGGUGAGUACAAAGGAAAUGCUUACAAUUUGAUAACAAAAAAUUGUAACCAUUUUUGCAAUGAUGCUUGUGUUAAGCUGACUGGAAAUUCUAUACCUAGUUGGGUUAAUCGUCUUGCUAGAAUUGGUUUUGUAUGCAAUUGUGUUCUACCAGUAACAUUGAAUUCAACAAAAGUUAGACAUCAUCAUAGAAUAGAAGACAAACAAUGUGAAGAAGAGAAACAAAUUAAACAAGCAUUAACAAGUGAAUCAAACAAAGUUACUGUUUCAAAUUCAACACCUUCAGCAUCAUCUUCACCAGCAGCUUCUACUAGCUCUGGUUUAAGAAGAGGAAGAAGUAGAACAAGAAGAGCUCUUCCUCCACCUUCACCUUUGAUUAUUACUUCCUCUUCAUCUUAA